AUGGUGGUCGCACACUUCUCCUUACUGGCCCUGGCCCUAUUUGCGAUCUCAUGUAUCGCCAUAUCGAAAGACUUCUACCCGUCCUCAAAACGAGGACUCAUCUUCAUACCAGAUUCUGACUUCCCCAGCGAUGAUAAAGUCUGGGUCAAGAAAGGCUCGGACCUGACGUGGUAUUACAACUACAAAAUGUAUCCAAGCUCUGUCUACGAGAACUAUACCUCACUUCAGUUCGUACCCAUGCUAUGGGGAGCGCCUGAUGGUUUCGAUGACACAACGUUUCUGGAAAAUGUUACGGCGCAGAUCAUUGGAGGACGAAAUGUUACCUACGCCAUGGACUUCAAUGAGCCUGAUAACUCAAUGGCCAACGGAGGCAGCGACAUCAAGCCUGUAGAUGCAGCCAAGUAUUGGAUCAAGCAGCUAGAGCCCCUGAGAAACUUGGGCGUCUCCCUUGGUGCACCAGCGGUGACUGGCGCUCCGUCUGGCUUCAGUUGGCUUACCAACUUUACAGAAGCUUGCAACGGCAGCUAUCAAUUGAUCCCCAAUGAUGGUUUACCUGGCCAUGUCACUGGCUUAUCACUGGGCACGUCAACGCCCGUCCCUAUGGUAGCUAUCAUUGGAGACAAGUGCUCUGGGAAGACAGCUUUGUUCGAGGCUCUUUCUGGUAUAUAUUUGCAUGGCUCUAGGCUCUCGGCCACGAGAUUCCCCAUCCAUACCUACUUUAUAUACACAAGCCGGACAGGGACAGCGUUAAAAGCAGGAAUCAAACCGGGGAAAUUUGAUGGACAGAACAAGGACCUUUCAAACCACCUACAGAGUUUUGAGGUGAAAUAUCAGGGAGACUUCACAGCCAUCAAUCUCUCUGAAAUUGUCCGCCAGGCAACAGAUCACAUGCAGAUCGCGACGGCAUUCUCAGACGACAAGGAAGAAGAAGAGCAACAAGUAUCCGACAAUGUUCUUGUCAUUGAAAUUUUAGGCCCGGACUUUUUCAGCAUGGAAAUCGUCGAUACCCCUGGGCUCUCAUCAAUCUUACAUCUCGCAGGCGCGACGAUUGGUGAGGCACAAGAACUAACCAGAGCUCUUAUCAUGGAUCUUCUCAGGCAACCUAACGCCAUCAUUCUGUCAGUUUUACCCCUGACUGUCUCGAAUAUAAUACUCAUGGAUCCCAGAGCUGUGGUUGAUGCCACGAACGAUAUGAGCAACCAAGAGGGGCCGAAGCUUGCGCAAGCGGCUGAUGUGACAGGUAAUCGUACCGUCGCAGUCGUAACCAAGUGCGACCUUGUUCCCAUGGAGGCCAGAAGACAUGUGUUGAGGGCUAUGCGUAACAAGGAACGUUAUCUUGGUCAUCCUUGGUUCGCUGCUAGAAGUCUCUCAGACGAGGAACGUGAUCAAGACUGUACUCUCGAUAAGCGGAAUUCCAUUGAGAACUCGUUCUUUUCACAGGAACAAUGGGCGACUGUGAAGCGCCGGCGCGUGGGAGCUUUAGCUCUCAAGCACCACCUUGAGGCCAGGGUGAACGCCAUGCUUCAGGACAAUGUCGAGCUGCUGAUGACGAGGCUCAACACUUCAUCACAUUCAGUUGCGCCGGUGUAUCCCAUCAACAGCUUUGCCACUAGAGAAACCACAGACGGAGUACAGUCAGUCAAUAUCUAUGCAACGUCGGAAGGCACUGUAGUGACAGAUACCGAUCUGGAAUUCGCUUCUGAUGCGCCGAGGCCAACACAGCUGCUCAACGCCAUCACCGUUGCCUUGACUGUAGCCGUAUGUCUCUCGCUUAUAGGGCUUGGUUGUCGCACAAUGGCACUCGAGAUUGCGAGCGAGGGAGGUUGGACUCGCUUGCUGCUUCUGCUGACUCCUGUUCCACAAAUUGUCUUGAGCUUGUUCUUCUGCCAGGCUAUCAAAGUUACCAUCUUCCAGAUGGUUGGACCAGUCACCCAACUGAAAGUCAACUCCAAGUAUUAUUCAGCAAAGCGAACAAGGCGCCUCGACGACACAAAAAUACCAUUGCCUCACGUCACCAUCCAAUGUCCGGUAUAUAAAGAAGGCUUGGAGGGAGUAAUCAGGCCAACGGUACGGUCCCUAUCUACUGACAUCCGAAAUUAUGAAUAUUUCAGCGGCACCGCCAGUAUAUUCGCUGAUGAACGACGCAUGUUCCAUAAGGAGAACAAUAUCAACUGGGUUGCCCGGCCACCGCAUAAUCCUGAUGACAAAGGCAUAAGCAGAUUCAUACGCCGUGGCAAGUUCAAGAAAACAUCGAAUAUGAAUUAUGCACUGGGUAUCAGUCUCAAGGUAGAAGACAAGCUGGGCACAGCUUAUCAAAGACGCUUGGAUGAAGUCCUUUCUGAAGAACUAGGCCGGGCUUGUGUCGGAGGUGACAUCAGAGUUGGCGACUACAUACUUCUCGUGGACUCUGACACCCGCGUUUCAACGGACUGCCUGAUUGACGCCGUCAGUGAGCUUGGGGCUUCUCCCAAAGUAGCCAUACUGCAGUUCACCUCUGGUGUCAUGAAUGUCACUACAAGCCACUUCGAAAGUGGCAUCACCUUAUUCACCAAUCUCAUUUAUACAGCUAUUACCUACGCAGUUGCCAACGGCGAUGUCUCCCCGUUCGUCAGCUUCAAAGGUCACGACAACCUUGUCAACAACGGGAAGGAUCCAAACUCAACAACCCCGCACGAGAAGUUAUGGUCCGAGUCCCACGUUUCGGAAGACUUUGAUGUUUCUAUCCGGCUACAAACUUUAGGGUGUCAGAUUCGCUUGGCGACUUACUGUGGCGACGGCUUCAAAGAGGGCGUCUCACUCACUGUUAACGACGAGCUUUCCCGCUGGCAAAAGUAUGCAUAUGGCUGCAGCGAGCUUCUUUUCUAUCCUGUGAGAGACUGGUGGAAACUUGGCAUCUUCACACCCCUUUUCAAACGCUUCAUUAUGUCGAAUAUGCCACUGGGGUCUAAAAUCACAAUCAUGUCUUACAUUGGCACAUAUUACCCCAUCGGCUAUUCAUGGAUUGGUUCGCUAUUGAACUACUCCCUCAUUGGGUGGCUCAACGGAGAGCUCGACCACUACUACAUGAGCAGCUGGCGUGUCUGGGUGGCCCUUGUUGUUGUUUUCUCUAUAGCUGGUAACAUCACACUCGCUUUGAUCCGAUACCGCUCUCAGCAGGUCAGCGUACUGAAACAGCUCUGGACCUGCUUCAAAUGGGUCCUUCUUAUGUUUGUUUUCCUGGGCGGCAUAUCGAUGCAUGGGUUUCAAGUAUGUAUUCGCCUUUUGUCUUGCGGUAAUUGCGUUGAUGAUCUGCGGAGUCUAUGCCUUCCCCUACUUAUGGAGGAUUAA